UUCUUAUCUUUAUUAUCUGAUUUAAUCCAAAUGAUUUUCACCCCUGCGCUCCAGCAUCUCCUAUAUAAAUGGACUCGUGAAAAAUAAUCACCAAAAAAACAAAAGAAAAACAAAAGACGGUAGGGAUCUCGAUCUCGUUCUCUCCGGCGACACCUUCGAAUUGUUUCCGGUGAGACAUCGACGUUGGAUCCGAUCUCGACCCGAUCCAUAGCAUCUUACUGACGUAGAUCCGAUGGCUCCAGUUUCGGCUCUGGCCAAAUACAAGCUGGUUUUCUUGGGGGAUCAAUCCGUCGGGAAGACCAGUAUCAUCACACGCUUCAUGUACGAUAAAUUCGAUAACACCUACCAGGCUACCAUUGGCAUUGACUUUCUAUCGAAAACAAUGUACCUUGAAGAUCGAACAGUUCGAUUGCAGCUCUGGGAUACUGCGGGACAGGAAAGAUUUAGGAGUCUUAUUCCAAGUUACAUUAGGGAUUCCUCCGUGGCAGUCAUUGUCUAUGAUGUUGCAAGCAGGCAGUCCUUCCUAAAUACUUCGAAGUGGAUUGAAGAGGUGCGUACUGAACGGGGUAGUGAUGUUAUCAUUGUGCUUGUUGGGAACAAAACGGAUCUUGUGGAAAAAAGGCAAGUCUCCAUAGAGGAAGGAGAAGCCAAGGCUCGCGAGCUCAAUGUCAUGUUUAUUGAAACUAGUGCCAAGGCUGGCUUCAAUAUCAAGGCUCUAUUUCGGAAGAUUGCAGCUGCUUUACCUGGAAUGGAAACACUUUCUUCAACAAAGCAAGAAGACAUGGUUGAUGUCAAUCUUAAGUCUACAAACGCAAAUGCAUCUCAGUCGCAGCAACAGUCUGGAGGAUGUGCUUGCUGAUACGCACAUCAUUGAUCUGAGCUCUGCGUUUCCACAUUUCUUUUGUGCUUCCGCGAUCCUACAAAGUGAUUGUAAAAAUUCUGUUAUUCCCCCUUUUUGUAGCAUUGGGCUUCAGGUUUGGUCGAGUUUUUAAUCAUAGAACUUGAGAGGAGAUUUGUUAAGCAUAGAACUAAAGAUAGAUUGGCAAGAUAUCAAGUAGUAUGUCCGCUUUCAAUUCAUAAUGUAUUUUGCUCCCUGUUUCUGAAGCAUUAUUACUGUAGUCUUUAUGUUUGGUUAUUGAAAAAGAAAACUAAAUUUAUGUAUGGUCGAGAAAGUCACACCAACCUUUUACUUUUGGCUAAUAAAAUGGCUUAUUCA